AUGCCUCGCGAAAUCAACGACAUCAAGACCUUCCUCGAGAUCUCCCGCCGCAAGGAUGCCUCCUCUGCACGGAUAAAGAAGAACAAGGCCACCGGCCAGACCAAGUUCAAGGUCCGAUGCCAGCGCUACUUGUACACCCUCGCCGUCAAGGACAACGACAAGGCCGAGAAGCUCAAGCAGUCUCUCCCACCAAGCCUUACCAUCUCCGAGACGCCCAAGAAGAACGCCAAGGGCAAGCGUGUCGCCAAGUCAUCGUAA